GUUACACCGCGCAUGCGCGCUCCGCAAGCCUCAGCACUCAAGCCAAGCACGAAUGCUCUGCAAGUUGGUGAUAGAAUGAUAAAACACGUGUUUUUGACAGGACCCCCUGGUGUUGGCAAGACCACACUUGUACAGAAAGUGUGUGAUGCCAUGACAUCUGCGGACGUGAUUUUCAAUGGGUUUUACACCGAAGAAGUAAGAGAGGGAGGAAGACGAGUCGGCUUCGAUGUGGUCACUGUCACAGGAGAAAGGGGACACCUAUCAAGAGUCGGAAAUGAAUCAGGUGCUACUGCUGGGCGACGCGAGUACAGAGUGGGACAGUAUGUUGUGGAUCUACCCUCCUUUGAAAAUCUGGCCCUUCCACUCUUCAGACAAGUCAGCGUCAGUACCGAGGGUCCCAGGGGAGUGUUUGUCAUUGACGAGAUUGGGAAGAUGGAGCUCUUCAGCCAGUCGUUCAUCCGGGCGGUGAGGCAGACCCUGGACUCCAGCAGCUGCUCCGUCCUGGGCACCAUCCCCAUCCCCAAGGGCAAGCCUCUUGGCCUGGUGGAGGAGGUGCGGGGGAGGGCCGACGUCAAGGUCUUCACGAUCACAAAGGAGAACCGAAAUUCCAUUUUGCCAGAGAUCGUGUCGACGUUACAGCAGUGCCUGAAGCAAGCGUCUUAACACCUGAUCAUUAAAAAAUACUAUUGGACCUUUUUUGUUUCUCCACUGUACCAGACUCUUAUUUUUGAUACAAAAAAAAUAUUUUCAUUUUAUUUACGUGAGACUCAGAGAAAGGAUUGCUGCCGGCCAAAGAGCACAUGAAUCUGUUGCGGAGUGUCAAAAGCCCAUAAUUUAUGCAUGCAAUUAAGUUUUCUUCCCGAUUCUUCUUUCCGUGCCUUGAAUGGAUUCCGAUAUGAAUAAUUGAUUGAGAGAGCGAAGUUUGGCAGAUGGACUAUUGUUUUUCACUGAGACCUCCGCCUCCUCAGUGCUCAGUGGGGGAAGGGGGAGCUGAAGUAUUCAGUACACAAGUGAACACUCGGAGCACCUUCACCCUCGACCCUGUGAGCAGAGCCUUACAGUUGAAAGAUAUAGCUGCUGCACCUCUCUACUUUUUAAUUUGUAAUUUAUUCAUUUAUUGUUUUCAAUUGUGUUUUGAUGUUAUGUGAGAUCAGACUGUUUCGAGUCUUCCGAGACCCCUAGAAGCCUGUUAGAGCACAGGGCAACCUAUAAAAUUUGGGGGGUAUGAAUAAAUUAAUUUUUCAACAGACUGUACCGUCGGAGUCCCAUGUUUAAUUCAUGACACACCAUAAAUAAAGAAGGAAUACUGUA